AUUUAUCACAUUGUUUACGAACUCGCCGCGUACGAUCUCAAUGUCUUCUUAACCACGAUGCGCUAUAAUCUGAGGAAGAUACGCCACGCGACAGCCACACCAGAAAGAACAGGUUCCGCCAAUAUGUGGCCCGGUGAUCUGAUUUCAGAAAGCGUUAAUCUCGCCGAUGCAUUGGAUUAUCUUCAUAACCGACUGAUCUCCUCCAAGCUACAUUCGUCGCUCUCCCACAACGACAUCAAACCAGAAAAUAUCUUAGUGGUCUAUCCUGAAACAACCAGCGAGAAUGAUCUGUACCCCGUGGGGCAAUGGAAACUCGCGGACUUUGGGCUGUCGAAAAUGAAGCCCAAGCGAUUAUCUGGUGGCCACAGCAGACACUUGAGUGCAGGUAACGCUCCGUUGGUUUCUUCCUAUCCACAGAAAACGCACAGAACCGAGAGACCGAAAUCUGUUUCCAACGCUAUACCUGAAAGAUACCCGGGAAUGUACACGGCACCGGAGCUGGAUCAGGAAACCCCCCAAAAGACAGAUUGCAGGAGUGCGGAUGUAUGGUCUUUCGGAUGCGUUCUCUCUGAGAUUGUCACCUACGCUGUCAACUUAGACUUUCGUCAUGUGGAAACUUUUCGCGAGUCACUGUUGCAGAGUAUCCCAGCGGAUCCAAAGUUCUAUAAUAAAUCAUCCAAGGAAGUCAAGCCGGAGUUCCACAGCCAUCUUGCCAGCCUACCGGACAGUGCACCAGAAAUCACGCGCAUUCCGAGAGAUAACCCAUGGACAACCCAGUGCGUCGAUCUCAUCAAACGAAUUGUGGUCAAGGAGCCCAAUAAUCGACUGGGCCCAGGUAAGAUCCGACUAGAGCUUAGUCAGAUCGGAAAAUCCAUGUACAGCGGAAAAGAGGAAUGG